AUUUAUCAAGCUGGGCGCUAUAUAUGUUUACUAAUACAACAUUAACGUUACGUAACCAAACAAGGCAGCUGUAUUCAUUUAAAUUCAUUAAUAACACAUUGACAAACAACGUUAUCUCGGGCUAAUGUACUGAGGCGCGAUAUCUUCAACCAAGAACAUGGAAAACAGAGAGCGCUCGAUAAAAAAUAUUAUUGAAGACAAACUAACUGGAGAUCAGCUAAAGGAAUUCAACCGCAUUUACUACGGCAGAGAAGACCAUUGUACGUUGAAACUAAACGAUGAAGCUAUUCGGAAAAGUGAAGAGGAUGGCAUCCAACUGGCCGGCUACUCCUUCAAGGCCGCAAAUGAAGAUACCAGACCACCGAGAGUCGUCAAACUUGGGUUAGUGCAACAUUCAAUUGUUUUAACAACCGAUAAUCCUGUGCACAGUCAACGCAACGCCAUUUUCUACAAAGUGAAGAACCUCAUAGAAAUCGCUGCUUCAGAAGGCGUCAAUAUUUUGUGUUUGCAAGAGACAUGGGCUAUGCCGUUCUUCCUAUGCACAGGAGAUAAAGAAGCCUGGUCACAAUUCGCUGAAUCACCUACGAACGGCCCUAGCGUUUUAUUCUUAGCUGAGUUGGCCAAAAAGCACGGGAUGGUUAUAAUUUCACCCAUUUUGGAAGACGAUAAUGGCACUUGGUGGAACACCGCAGUAGUUAUCAACGAAGAAGGCAGAAUCCUUGGGAAACAUAGGAAGAACCAUCUUCCUAGCGUAGGAAGCUUUAGUGAAACGGCAUAUUACUCUCCUGGGGACCUCGGCCAUGCUGUGUUUGAUACCAAAUAUGGCAGAAUCGCUGUGAACAUUUGCUACGGAAGACAUCACGCCUUAAACUGGCUUAUGUUUGGACUGAAUGGUGCUGAGAUGGUGUUCAAUCCUUCCGCCACAGUUGCUGAAUUUGGAGAGUCUUUUUGGGGGAUAGAGGCAAGAAACGCUGCUGUAGCAAAUGGCUAUUUCACUUGCAGCAUCAACAGAGUUGGCACUGAAGAAUUUACUAUAAAAACAGAGCCAGGGAAGUCAAUAUCACGGAACUUUUAUGGUUCUAGCUACGUGACUGCACCUAAUGGGUGUAGAACUCCAAGCUUAUCAAGAGUUACUGAUGGAAUUCUGGUAGCCGAAGUUGAUUUGAACUUAUGCCGCCAGGUGAAGGACCAGUGGGGAUUCAACAUGACCUCUCGCCUGAAUGAAUAUGCUGAAGAGCUUAAUCAAGUGCUAUUGCAAAAAUAAAUAAAUACUUUUUCCAAUUUUAA